GUGUCAGAGACACAGACAGACAGACAGUGUGUCAGAGGGAGAUAGGGAGAGUGUCAGAGGGACACUGACACACACACAGAGACAGUGUGUGUCAGGGGGAGAUACUGUUAGUGUCAGAGACACUGACACACACACACAGACAGAGACAGUGAGUGUCAGAGACACUGACACAGACACAGACACACAGACAGAGACAGAGUGUCAGAGACACAGACACAGACACACAGACAGAGACAGUGAGUGUCAGGGGGACAUAGGGACACUUAUCAGUGAGAGACAGCAGACUCCGGGCGGUGGGUACACGGUGAGCCCCGGUACCCGGAGAAGCCGGUAUCCCGGAGCUCAUUCCCGGCUGUUUUUCCGCCGAACCAUGGAGCAGGGGAAUUUCUACGAGGCGGAGCCGCGGGUGCCCGUCCCGGGACCUCUGGCUUACCGGGGCCCGGAGCUCGGGGAGAUGGCGGAACAUGAGAACUCCAUCGAUAUCAGCGCGUACAUCGACCCCGCCGCCUUCAACGACGAGUUCCUGGCCGAUCUCUUCAGUCAGCACGGCGGCGGCGCUAAGGGGGCCAGGCCAUUCGGCAGUGGGAGAGUAGGGCCGCCCUUCAGCCCGUUACACGGUUACCUGGACGGUAAGGCGGAGGGGGCGUGUGGCCUGAGGCCGGUGGUAGUGAAGCAGGAGCCCCGGGAGCAGGAGGAACCUCUCCGGCCGAGGGCAGGACUGGGGUUCGCCCUCCAGCAGCAAGUCGCUCAGUGCGGUCAGACCUCGGUACAGCUAGCCCCAGGCCAGCCUACCCCCCCGGCCACUCCCCAGGGCAGCCCCGGGAGGCAGGGCCUGGCCAAAGGGAAGAAGCCGGUGGAUAAGUCCAGCCUGGAGUACCGCCUGAGGAGGGAGAGGAACAAUAUCGCGGUGAGGAAGAGCCGGGACAAGGCGAAGCUCCGUAACGUGGAGACCCAGCACCGGGUCAUCGAACUCAGCAGCGACAACGAAAGGCUCCGCAAGAGGGUCGAGUACCUGAGCCGGGAGCUGGAGACCCUCCGGGGCCUCUUCAGGCAACUACCCGAGGAUUCGCUGGUCAAAGCCAUGGGGAGCUGUGCCUGAGGGACAUACUCUCUCUCCCUCCCUCACUGUGAGGGGGCUGGGACACCGAGAGAAAUUCUCCAAACCGAGAGACUCUGACAGAUUCCGAGACAUUGAGACUGUGAGAAACAGCUGAAACUCUCAGACUGCGGCACCCAGGGGGACAUUGAGAGACUCAGACACACACACACACAGAGAGAGAGAGAGAAACUGAGGGACUCUGCGCUGUUCAGAGACACUGAGAGACAGCGGCGGCUGGAAUCCUG